CUGACUGUUGUAUAGGAAUAGCAACCAAAGUCACCACGCAUUAGAUGGAUAACAGCUGAAUACGAUAUUGUUCCACAAGUAUCCAAUUUCUGCUGGAACAUUGACUACAAUAGUGUAGUAGAUUGUGUGCCUGUAACGAAGAAAUAAGGGUAGAAAGACAGGUGGCUGCAAUUAUCUACUGCCUUGCGCUAUUGCUGGUCAUGUUUGGCUGGUCUGUGGGAACCGGUACCAUGUUGUGCUGACCACAGGACGAUGGCAUAUAUGCGCCUGGUCACCUACUGGUUUCAACAUCCUCUUUUUGCUUAGGUUCAACAUCGCAGAGCAUGUUAGUAUGGAUUCAGGCUGGUAGGUGGUAUACUGGUUGGGAAAUCUUUGUUGAUUGAUUCUUUAAUCGAGUAUUAUACUGCAAAAAAUCAUGCCAAAGUAGGAGACACCAUUAUAAUGGGAUCAGGUAACCGUAGACGGAUACAGUUUGUGGAGUGUCCCAAUAAUAUGAAUGGCAUGACUGAUGCUGCAAAGUAUGCAGACGCAGUGAUGUUGCUCAUUGACACAAAAUAUGGGUUUGCUGCAAAAUAUGGGUUUGAAAUGGAAACAUUCGAGUUCCUUAACCUCUUACAAGUUCAUGGCACACCAAAGGUCAUGGGAGUGCUUACAUAUCUUGAUAAGCUAAAAGAUGAAAACAGACGUGAAACAACCAAAAUGCGCCUCAUGCAAAAAUUCAGAGAACAAAACUAUAUCCGAUCAUUGUUUCAUUUGGUUGGAGAAGGCAGCAUUUCGGAUUUUAGCAAAAGUAUAUGUACUCGAUUACCAUGAUGUGGAGAUAUGGAAGCAAAUCAAGUGGACUGGAACUCCUUGCUUGGUUGCGAAUGAGAUUGCUUAUAUCAAGGGCAUGUUUACAUCAGAUGAUGAAAUCGGUUGGUUUAGAGAUGGAAAAAUUAAGACAG